CCCCAGCACCUGCGUGGGGAAGCCGCCAGGUCCCCGGGAGGAAGGAAGGAUUGGCUCUGGCUCCCCUGCAGUCUGGUGUGCGCCGACAGAAUGCAGCCAUCUGGCGGCUUGCGGUCCCCGGACUUGCCCCGAAGGCUGAAAUCAAGCAAGAAUCAGAUACAUUAUAGACAGUGUUUGUGGGCACCAGAGAACCCGAUUCUGGCAGUAUUUCAUGACAUAAGCUUAAAUCUCUGAGAAAUAAUUGGCCCAUGGUUGACAGCGAAGGAGCAUCGAGUCUGCUGGUUUUGUACAACUCUUCCUGAAGAGCACUGAACGGCUUGCUUUCCUCCUAGAUGGACGGUGACAGCUCCACAACAGAUGCCUCUCAGCUAGGGAUAUCCGCGGACUACAUUGGAGGGAGUCACUAUGUCAUCCAGCCUCAUGAUGAUACUGAGGACAGCAUGAAUGAUCAUGAAGAUACAAAUGGCUCAAAAGAAAGUUUCAGAGAACAAGAUAUAUAUCUUCCGAUUGCAAAUGUGGCUAGGAUAAUGAAGAAUGCCAUACCUCAAACAGGAAAGAUUGCAAAGGAUGCCAAAGAGUGUGUUCAGGAGUGUGUGAGUGAGUUCAUAAGCUUCAUCACGUCAGAGGCAAGUGAACGGUGCCAUCAGGAGAAACGGAAGACAAUCAACGGGGAGGACAUUUUGUUUGCCAUGUCCACACUAGGCUUUGACAGUUAUGUGGAACCUCUGAAAUUAUACCUUCAAAAAUUCAGAGAGGCUAUGAAAGGAGAGAAGGGGAUUGGUGGAGCUGUCUCAGCUACAGAUGGACUAAGUGAAGAGCUUACAGAGGAGGCAUUUACUAACCAGUUACCAGCUGGCUUAAUAACUACAGAUGGUCAACAACAAAAUGUUAUGGUUUAUACAACAUCCUAUCAACAGAUUUCUGGUGUUCAGCAAAUUCAGUUUUCAUGAUCUGAAGAAAUGAUGGGAGAGUCAAGAGUGAGAGUGCGAUGCUGGAACAGAGGCAGGGAAGGAAAGGACUGGAGGGAAGACGCCUCUUUGUACAUUAAGUAGCUGUAUGUAGCUUCCUGAUGCUUGACUAAUUGAGGUGUUAAUUCUGACUUGAGAAUCUUUUUCACGAAUGAUUUUAAAGAAAAAAAUUUGGAUUUUAAAGGUAUUAAAAUAUUUUUGUUUUGUAUGAGAGUUUGUUGCUCUGUAUGACACCUGUAUGCAUUGUAUAUUGCAGUUUAUUACUGUCAGAUUUGUAGACAGUUUCUUAUUUUCAUAUUGAAUCAUGUUACUUUUGUAAUUCAAGCAAGCAGCUGGGUUAAUUCAUGUUUACCCUUUUAAUAAACUAUAAGGGUAGAGUUCAUUUUGAAUGAAAGUUGCCUUUAUUAUAAAUUUGAGUUUGUCUUGCCUAUAUAAUACCUUGCAUGAUAACGUAGCUAGAUUUUUAGUAUUUCCUGUAUUUAUUGACUUUUUUUGGUAUAGCUUAAGCGCACCAUUUUUAAAGGGUGUAACUGAAUCAUUUAAUCAACACAGAAGCAAGUGUUGUUGCCCUUCUAAACGUGGUGCCCGUUCACAGUGUCCACGCAGUUCCCUGCGCCUGUUCACGCAGGGUUAGUUACUUGAGUUAGGAGUGUUGGAAUUCAUUUUAGUUCGUUGCACUCUAGAAAUGGUGCCCCUUUUGUUUGAUACUUGAUUUUUUUCAAAGCAUAGCUUCAACUAUUACAGUAUCUUCUUCCAGAAGAGAACUUUUUUAGUCCAGUGGUAAAUGUCCUCGUUCCACCUUUUUCAUGGAAUGUCUGAUAUCUUAUGAUGUGGGCAUCAUCGUGCACACACACAAGUGAACAAACUGGAGAUGGCGUUGGGAGUGAUGGAAGAGCGAGCCAGCACCACCUGGUUUGCUGUCGUGAUCUUGCAAUAAACUAAGCUCAGAUAAUGUAAUUUUGUAUAAUUUAGUAGUAUGUACUUGCAUUGUUCCUUUUUAAAAGUGUGGAUCUGUAUUUUCUCAUCUAUUCUUUCUAGUGACAACUAGCCAGAGGAUUUUUUUUUUUUUUAAACACUAUCAAAAAUGUCUGUUGUAUGGUUUACCUAGAAGGAAAUGUUGAGGACGUUCGCAGGAUACUGACGUGUGUGAGGCAGAGCAGCUUCCCGGAGGAGCUGACAGAACUUUCCACUUUGCCAGGAGCCUUGAGCACAUGGGCUUUUGUGAGGUUAAGAACACCUCACCUCCUGCCCCCUUUUCCAAAAUAACCUUUACUGUAGAAAAUGCACAUAGGAAAAAAGGGGGAGGGGGGUGGUUAAGCAGAAUUAACAAUCAUUCUACUAUGUUGAAAUAACUAAUGUUAAUAUUUUGAUAACUAUCAUUUGUCCUUUUACUUUGCUAAAUAUGUAUAUUUUUAUAAAAACGGGCUCAUACUGUGCAUACUGUUUUGUAAGCCGCCUUUCACCUAACAAUACAUUGUGAACACCUUUCCAGGUC